UUUACAAUUUCCUAAGGUGCAACUGAUUGAAACACAAAGCGAGGGAUGAUAUGCCGAGCCACACCUCCUUUUACAGUCCCGGAGCGGAGGGAGAGAAGGAGGGUGAAUGAGAGAGGGAGGCCAAGGGGCGAAGUGCGGCGUUUCAACGAGCUUCCCAGCGGGCACCGACGAGGCUGAUCGCCGCUUCUUAAAACUAUCCAAACUCGUUUUUAUACAUGCACUUCGGCCGUUUUCCUUCCCCAUAUGCUGUUUUGAGUUCUCUGAUCUCUGGCUGCGGGUUUUCCCAGCGAUUCGCCCUUUUUCCUUUGAGUCGAUCCAGUGUGAAGCGCAGGUGAACAUGGCGAGGGGAGCUCCUCACGACCACCCCGCACUCGUCUUUCUCCUGUCCUCCAUCCUGUGUCCCUGGGGAUCGGCCCAGGAGCUGCCCGGCAGCGGCGUGAACGGCUUCAGCUUGCACCCCCCGUACUUCAACCUGGCCGAGGGGACGAAGAUUACGGCCACGGCGACCUGUGGGGAGGACGAGAGCAGGAGGUGGACGGAGGACCUGUACUGCAAGUUGGUCGGGGGGCCGGUGUCCGGAGACCCCAGCCAGACCAUCCAGGGUCAGUACUGUGACAUCUGCACAGCGGGCGAUGUGGACAAGGCUCACCCCAUCGCCAACGCCAUCGAUGGCACGGAGCGCUGGUGGCAGAGCCCGCCGCUGUCCCGCAGCCUGGAGUACAACGGCGUCAACGUCACGCUGGACCUCGGACAGCUAUUCCACGUCGCCUACGUUCUCGUGAAGUUUGCCAACUCCCCCCGGCCAGACCUCUUGCUGGAGCGCUCCGUCGACUUCGAGACCUACCAGCCCUGGCAGUACUUCGCCUCUUCGAAACGGGACUGCAUUGAGCGCUUCGGGCAGAGAACAAUCCAGCGUAUCAACAAGGACAACGAUGUCAUCUGCACGACUGAAUACUCGCGCAUCGUCCCCCUGGAAAACGGGGAGAUCGUAGUCUCCCUGGUGAAUGGGCGUCCGGGGGCUAUGAACUUCUCCUACUCGCCCGUGCUGAGGGACUUCACCAAGGCCACCAACAUCCGCCUGCGCUUCCUGCGUACCAAUACCCUGCUGGGACACCUCAUGGGCAAGGCGCUGCGUGACCCGACCGUCACGCGCAGGUAUUACUACAGCAUCAAGGACAUCAGCAUUGGUGGCCGGUGCGUGUGCAAUGGUCACGCAGAUGCCUGCGACGCCAAGGACCCCCAACGACCCCUACAGGCUGCAGUGUGACUGCCAGCACAACACGUGUGGCCCGUCAUGUGACAAGUGCUGCCCCGGAUUCAACCAGAUGCAUGGCGACCGGCAACCACCGACAGCGCCAAUGAAUGCGAACGUGAGUCCUUUCUGGAAGU